AUGCCAUAUAAAAGGAAGAAGUAUCAUCAGGGUGACACUCACCUUAAAAGACGAUGGAGAGUAAGAAAUAGAAAGAAAGAUCUUGAUGAAAUCGAUAAUGAUUUAAAAGAAGAAAAUGCUGAAAAAUUAUUAAAACAAAACGUGGAUUUGGAUUUACCUGGCGCUGCCCAGCAUUACUGUCUACAUUGUGGCCGCUACUUUAUUGAUGACAGGGCGCUAAAAGAACACUUCAAGACAAAAGUUCACAAGAGAAGGUUAAAAGCUCUAGAAUUAGAACCUUAUAGUAUAGAAGAAUCCGAGCGUGCCGCUGGACAAGGCAGUUUUAAACUUCCGAAUAAACGGAAAAUCAUAACACAAAACAGUAAAGAAAAUUCAAUAGACAAAGAUGGUGACAUUAUAUUAGAUGAGGUUACUCCACAUAAAAAACAGAAAAUUGAUGAAAAUGAUGCA